AUGUAUCGAAAAGGUUUCCCCCAGGUGGUGCUGGAGCCGUGGGAAAGGAUCCCUCGCACGGGCCGAGCGGCUCUGACCGGGGACGGUUUUUUUCUGGGUUCCAGGUGCGCCUCGGCGGGGGACGAUGGCCUGGUUUUGGUGUGGAAUAUCGAGACAGGGGAGAGGCUCCAGGAGCUGAGGGGCCACUCCCAGCAGAUCACCGCCAUCACCACGCUGACCGCCGGCGGGGAGGGCGCCGACCACACGUCGCUCAUCACCGCCUCCUCCGACCGGAGCCUCAGCCUGUGGGAUCCUGACACGGGAAACCGGGUUCAGACCAUCUCGGACCUUCAGUCGUCUGUGAAAUGUCUGCUGGUGCUGGAGCGGCUGGGCGUGUGUGUGUCCGGCGGGGGGGAGUUGUGCGUGUGGAGCGCAGACUUCCAGCUGCAGUGCCACCGGCAGAACCACAGCGACACGGGAAUAACCGCUUUGAUCGAGCUGCCCAAGAACUGCAUGGCGGCUGCUAUGGACAAAGAGAUAAUGAUCUACAGGCUGACCGUCUCCACCGAUUCCUCCGUGUCGGUGGCCGAGAUGCGAUGCCUGUCGGACCACCACGACCAGAUCCGAGCCCUCAUCAACGUCAAUGGUCAGUCCGGCUGGUCAGACUCUGAAGCUUUGGGUUACGUCUUUGGGACGUGGGGGAAAACGCUGCUCUCUGGUCCCUCAGACAGGCUCUUUGCCAGCGGUUCCCACGCGGGCGAGCUGAUCCUGUGGGACGCGGUGGACUGGAACAACCUGGCCUACGAGCACAUCCUGUGGGAGGAGUCGCAGGCCGGCUCGCCCACGGAGAUACGACUGGCCGCCCCCAAACCCAGCGAGAUGUCCAUUCAGCACCUGACGACCAACGGGCAGUUCGUCCUGGCGGCGGUGGGCAGCGGCCUCUACGUGUACGACGUGGCGGCCAGGACGGUGGUGGCCUACCGGAAGGCGGCUCACGACUCCAACGUGCUGCACACCAUGCUGCUCUCCGACAGCCAGCUGAUGUCGUGCUCUGAGGACGGCAGCGUGAGGAUGUGGGAGAUCCAAGACUUGCCUCUACCUGCUGAGCCGGCCUCCGCAGGGUUUUUCGGGAUGUGGACCUUCGGCCGGCCGAACAAACCGACCGCCCCUCCCUCCAAGAAGGUGAUGGAGAUCCCGACCAUGCGGACGCUGGAGCUGACCGGGGAUCUGAUCGGACACUCGGGAGCCGUGCAGGUAGGAGCCCCGCGGCGGCACGGGUCGGGGCGGGGGGGCGCCACGCCGCGGGGCUUCAGCCACGCCUCUCUGUGCUGCUUCCAGAUGUUCCUCAGCUUCGGGGAGAACGGCCUGGUCACCUGCUCCACCGACCACCUGCUGAUCCUCUGGAAGAACGGGGAGAGGCAGGCGCGGCUCCGCAGCCUGGCCCUCUUCCAGAAACUGGAGGAGGACGGGGGACUGUAG